CUAGCUGCGUUAAACAAUCACGAUUAUUACUAACUCAAAUUAUUUCUCAAUAAUAGUUUGGUAAGUGUAGACAAAAGGACGCAUCAACGAGUCCCGGAUUGCACUGUCACAAAUUUGUUGACCUCUGACAAUGGAAACUCCCGAAGUCAGUUCUGGCUCAGUUCCGCGCGAUUCAACACAUUUUACGAACGCCGAUGGCCAUAAAAUUUACUAUAGAAGAUGGGUCCCCCAACAUGCACCAAGAGCUGUACUGUUUCUUUGUCACGGUGUUGCGGAACAUAUUGAACGGUAUAACCCGUUGGCGUCCACUCUAGCAGACAAAGGGAUUCUGGUUGUAGGAAACGAUCACGUUGGCCAUGGAAAGAGUGAGGGAAUCAGAGUCGACUGUCGUAAUUUUCGAGAAUACGUACGCGAUCUUCUCCAGCUUGUUCACAUGGUGAAAGACGAGCAGCCAAACAUUCAGUCCGAUAUUCCACACUUUUUGUUCGGACAUUCGAUGGGUGGAGGUGUGGCCAUUCUAGCAGCCUUGGACUCCCCUGGUCUUUUCUCUGGUGUGUUGCUGAGUGCGCCAAUUGUUAUAAUAAAUCCCGAACAAGCGACUUCAUUCAAGAUCUGUCUAGUACGAGCGACAGCAUUGUUGUUUCCACAGCUUCAUGUUGGUAGCCUGAACUUUGACCAUCUCAGUAGAGAUCCCGAGCAGGUGAAAGCUUACAUUAACGAUCCUCUAGUAUACACUCGGGGUAUGAAAGCACGUUGGUCACUCUGUGCCCUUAAUGCCCUUCAAGAGAUUGAGGAGAGAUUGAGAGACAUUACGUGGCCAUAUCUAUUGAUGCACGGCUCCGAUGACCAGCUAGUACUAAAAGAAGGCUCAGAAAUGUUACACGAAAAAUCACAGAGUGAAGACAAGACACUGAAGAUAUAUCCUGAUUAUCGGCAUGAAAUUCUAAACGAGCCAAAGGAAUACUCAGAUGUGGUUGUCAAUGAUAUCGUCUCGUGGUUGGAAGAACGAAUUUCUUAACGACAAGAAAUCGCAACGAGGUACUUUGCACUUUGUGAUGGACAAAAUAAUUAACAAAUUGACUUCACUCUUUGACACAUCGACGUUGGAGUAAAUUAGUAAAUUAAUUUUGGGUUUGGUUCACGUAUUUUGAGUGUCAUGGUUUGACGUUGUAUGUCAUCACACUUACCAUCUGUUUACAAAUAGAGGAAAUACUGAUUUGGGUGUAGACAUAAUAUAGA